GAAGAAUACAAGAAUUGAAUAUCAAACAAGCUGUAAUAGCUGGAGGAUCUUGCCCUUUCUUUUUACUUCCUCUCGUUCUCUCUUCUCUAUGUUUCUUGCUCUGUCUCACGUCUUAGAAGGCCUUUAAACUGACGGCCAAGUUCUAAUCAACAAUUUAAGGAAAUAAAUUGGUAUCUUCACAUUGUCACCAGAAGACUGUAGGAAACUAAAAUACAUAAACUAUAGGAUCCUUAUUUAGAAGUUUGUGGAAAAGAGGACGCGUAUCAUCAAAAUCAAAAGCUACGUGGCUAAAGUCUUGUCGACAUAAAUUGAAUGUCCCAGUAUUCGAAAUUUUGAAUUCCGUUCUGUUAAUCGUUGUGUGGUUGUACGUUUCCUUAGUUUUUAAAUAUCAGCAUGUCAGAUAAACCAGCAAUCGUUUUGGACAACGGUUCAGGAAACUGUAAAUGUGGUAUAGCAGGGGAAGAUUCUCCGAAGGCAGUUUUUCCGGCUAUUAUAGGGAAGCCUAAACAAGCUGGUGUUAUGGUUGGAAUGGGGCAAAAGGAAGAGUACGUUGGAGAUGCUGCCAUGUCGAGGAGAGGUAUCCUCACAAUUAAAUAUCCUAUUGAGCACGGUAUUGUAACUAACUGGGACGACAUGGCUAAAAUUUGGCAUCAUGCUUUUUACAAUGAACUUCGAGUGAAUCCAGAGGAACAUCCCGUUCUUUUGACGGAAGCUCCUUUGAACCCCAAAGCAAACAGAGAAAGAAUGACACAAAUUAUGUUUGAAGAUUUUAAUGUUCCUGCUUUAUAUGUAGCAAUCCAGGCGGUACUAUCUCUCUACGCUUCAGGUCGAACGUCAGGAAUUGUAAUAGAUUCUGGAGACGGUGUCACCCAUACGGUUCCUAUUUACGAAGGCUAUUCCUUGCCUCAUGCUGUUCUAAGAAUAGAUCUGGCCGGACGGGACCUCACACAGCAUCUGGCCAAACUUCUAAUGGAGCGAGGUUACAGCUUUACCACAACAGCGGAGAUGGAGAUAGUGCGUGACAUCAAACAACAGCUUUGUUAUGUUGCAGAGGACUACGAAAAGGAACUAGAAAAUGCAGCAAUGAACUCGUCACUGGAGAAGCCAUAUGAAUUACCAGAUGGACAGGUUAUCAAUGUUGGAAAGGAAAGAUUUAUGUGUCCUGAGGCGUUAUUUAAGCCUGAUAUGUUGGGACGUGAAGCAGAUGGAGUUCAUAAAACUUCUUACAAUUCAAUUAUGAAAUGCGAUAUUGACAUACGUAAGGACCUUUAUUCCAACAUAGUAAUGUCAGGUGGAACAACGAUGUAUCCCGGGAUUGCUGCUCGUGUUCAGAAGGAAAUUGAAGGACUGGCUCCAUCUUCAAUGAAAAUCAAAGUUAUCGCACCUCCCGAAAGAAAAUAUUCAGUGUGGAUUGGGGGCUCCAUUUUGGCGAGUCUCAGUACCUUCCAACAAAUGUGGGUCACAAGAGAGGAAUAUGAUGAGCAUGGUCCUUCAAUUGUUCAUCGUAAAUGCUUCUAAAGGGCAAAGAUGCUCUCCCUGUGACGAUUAUUUGUUAGUGAGCCUUUUAAAAUAAAGAAUCUUUGACAUAU